AUGGUUGUGCUACGCAACCGAAGGCAGACCACGGUCUGGGAGAUUGCCAAGGCCUCCGACUCGAGGAUAGCUAAGCCGAUCAGGACCACACGAAUCGAGAAGAAGCAACACAAAUCCAAUGCGGACAAAUUCCUCCCAUCAGCUUCCAACGUCGAGUCUUGUCUCCCAUUCAAGCAGACCGCCCUUGGUCGAUCGUCAUUGGGCAAGCUGCCCGCAGAGCUCCGCAACCGGAUCUACGAGUUCGUGUUCGAGCAGCACGAUCAAAUCAGCUACAAAGCCAUUGACCGGCAAUGUGACAGAUGGCGUAAUCGCCCCUGA